CGCUCUGACACACUCGCUAUACAGUAAUAUUAGUUGUAUUGGAUUUUUACUGAAAUAUAUUGUUGAUAACCCGUGCUUCCAAUGCAGCACAGAGAACGGACUUAUCGAUAUAAGUUUGAGUAUUGAGGUUUAACACAACAUUAGCAAGUUUACAAUGGUUUAAUAAGCCUUACUGCCAAACAAAGAGAGAUGUGCGACCACUGUCACAUCAUGUAAAAGUAGGAAGUUUUGUAUUAAUCCGAGAAGCAAUGUCGUCUGCGCAGUUCAUUUCUGCACGUGAUGAAAUGGCCAUUGUUUAGGUAACGAAAUUAAAGACACCGGAAUUUAUUGCAGAAUAACAUGUGAAGUAAAGCUACCUAAAAGAUUUUUAUUUUGAUAUCUGCGGAAAAAUAUCGAUACGCAAUUAACGUUUAUGAAUAAAAGCAUGCAUUCAGAUUUGGAUUUUAUAGCCGCCUGUGCAAAAUAUAAUGGAUGUUCAUAGAAAAGCAUAAAAAUGACCAUGUAAAAAUAGUGGACCCCUGGGCACGCAUUUACCGACAAUAACAUUUUAAUGAUAAUAUACCGAACAAAAGCGUUUAUGGAAUUUUUGUACGACAACAUUUGUAAAAGCAAUAGAAAAUUACCAUUAAACCCGUGACUGCGCAUGUGCAAACAUAUACGAGAGAAACGAUUACAGUGGAUAAAUUGUGUAAAAGUGUGGAUAAUAUUGUUCUCGGGCAGCUGUCACAAUAUAGUAGUUACUGAAUACGGUAUGAAGACAAAGAGCUGGAGGAUGUUGGAAUUAAACAAGGUGUUAUAGGUAUAAGUAAAGUGUCAGAGAGAACGGUUAAAGAAGACUCAUCAACAUGUAGCAUCAUUUAAGUUCUUAGACAUUUAGAUAAAUAAAAGAAUACAGAAUAAAAAAAUCAUUGCUAUUCGUUUAGAACAUGAACAUCAAAACAACCCAGUACAAGACAGCUAAAAGUAACAAAGCAACACUGAAGUUCAUUUCACCAUGCAAAAGAAUAUAAGAUUCAACGAAAGUCAAUUGAUAUAUCUCGUUAGCAAGGCUAGAAGAGAAAAUUCAAAUGCCGGCUUCCUAUACAAGAAGAGUUCCGACACGGGCAAGUGGCAACAGCGAUAUUUCUUGCUUUACCAAAAUUUGAUGUUUUAUUUCGAGAAUGAGACCUCAUCCCGGCCCCUUGGGGUGAUACUUUUAGAAGGAAGUUACUGUGAACGAAUUAUCACCCCGCUUAAAGGAAAGGAAUCUGAAAAACAGAUGACAUGGAAUAAUUACAAGGUUGAGUACAUAUUCAACAUAACAUACAAAGCGGAAGGACAGAGGAAUUAUGAAUUGCGAACAGACACGGAAUCGGAAUGUAACGCCUGGAUCGACGCAAUACGAAGAGCAAGUUACAGUAAAGUUCUCGAGCAGAAGGAAGAACUUGAACAGAAACAUCUUCAUGUUAUACAGAUUCUGGAGAGUGAAAGGCAAGCAAAAUGGCACUAUGUUCAACAAACAGAAGAGCUUGCUACUGAAGUUAAAAAACUCAAAGCUGAGCUUCAGAAGUUCAAAAAAGACCGAGUGUCCAAUCAUACCGUAGAAGAUGAAACUGACGAAAUUAAAAAAAUCAAAAAGGAAGCACCGUGUUAUCUUCAGGAGGUGGACAAUGAACAGCAGGUCAUUUUAAAAGUUCAAAGUUUUUUUCGAGGCUGGUUGUGUCGGAGAAGAUGGAAGCAGAUCGUGGAGCUGUAUAUUCGUUCCCCACAUGCAGAAAGUAUGAGGAAACGUAAUAGCAUUGUAUUCAGUAUGGUAGAGUGCGAGGAAGAGUACAACCAGCAGUUGUCUACCCUGGUUACAUGUUUUUUACGACCACUCAGAAUGGCAGCAAGCUCUAAGAAACCUCCUAUUACACAUGAAGAUGUUAACUCAAUAUUUCUAAACAGUGAGACUUUGUUGUUUCUCCAUCAAAUAUUUUUCAAAGGUCUAUGUGCAAGACUUGAAAACUGGCCCACAUUAGUGUUGGGUGAUUUGUUUGACAUGUUGUUGCCUAUGCUGUGUAUAUACCAGGAGUAUGUUAGAAACCAUCAUUACAGUCUACAGGUUCUUGCCGAAUACAAACAAAAACCGGAAUUUAACAAUCUGCUAAAACGUUACGAGGAGAAACCUGCGUGUGAAACAAGGACACUAGAGAUCUUCCUUACUUAUCCUAUGCAUCAAAUACCCCGUUACAUCAUUACAUUACAUGAACUACUAGCACACACUCCACAUGAUCACGUGGAGAGAAACAGUCUAGAAUAUGCUAAAAGUAAACUGGAGGAAUUAUCUAAGAUUAUGCAUGACGAGGUGAGUGAAACCGAGAAUAUACGGAAGAAUUUGUCAAUCGAGCGUAUGAUUAUAGAAGGUUGCGAUAUUCUCCUGGAUGUUAACCAAACUUUUGUUAGACAGGGACCUUUACUUCAAGUUUUUCAGGAAAAGUCACGUACUAAUCGUGGACGUCUGCCAUCAUUGACAUCAUCAAAGAAGGAAGAGGUCCGACAGACAUAUUUGUUUACAAAUCAUCUUUUGCUCACCACUCGUGCAAAGGAAAAUGGAAGACUACACCUGGCAAAAAACUGCGGUAAAAUCCCCCUGGCUGAAUGUACAAUAAUUGAAGAUCCAGGUUCAGAUAUAUUCUUCUUUGAUGAAGACACAACAUCAUUGGAUUCCGUAUCAAGCGCCGCUAGCUCUUCAUCACAGAGUACAUUGUUACCGUUACAAGCCGAGAAACAGGUCGACUACAAUGGUCUCGAUUUCCGACUGAUCGUUGAUUCUAAAAGUGGACCUCAGGUCACCAUCAUUCUUGUAGCAUCUACUCACAUAGAGAAGGCAGCUUGGUGUAGUGACAUCAGUCAGUGUAUAGAGAAUCUACAUUACAGUGAUCUGUUAAAUAGCUCCAUGAGUGAGUCAUCAUCUGUAACCAUGCCACAGUCAGUGAGGUCAGAUCCCAAACUGUUUCGAGAUGAUGUGGAUAUCAAAUUCAGCCGUACUCUCAAUUCAUGUAAAGUUCCCCAGAUUCGGCACGGAAGUGUUGAGAGACUUCUAGAAAGGCUGACGGAUCUAAGAUUUCUCAGUAUUGAUUUCCUCAAUACGUUCCUGCUCACAUAUCGUGUGUUCACGACUGGUCAGAAGGUGUUGGAGGCCUUGAAGAAAGUCUAUAGAAGUCCUGAGGGAAUUACCUCGAGUAGCCUCGACUCAGACUUGCUACCUAAUACUGAUACUCCCUCAGACAAAACUGUUCUGAAUGCUGAAUUACUUGGAAGUGCUUUGCAACAGUUUACAAAGGACCCGCCAAGUGAGGAUAAUAAAAAUGUAAUAAAGCCACGUGUCGAGAACUUAGAUCGGAUACGACGAAUAAGCACAGGUUGUAUGAAGGUAGAGAUGAUGAGCAGUGUCUCGAAUGAUGAGACAUCGGCCCUUCCUACACAACGAACAAGCACAACUACUAAACAUGUUGAUUUUUUAAAAACUUUGAAACGAGAAGAUUCCAUGGACAGUGACGACAGUCCAAGUGAACUUGACAGUUUUCUAGAUCCCCCUAAACAAGCCCCAAUAGCAACAUGUGAGACUCUGUGUGACUCUGAAAUCCCUGAUAUACCUGCAAUAAAAAUGGAUCCUUCUCUGUCGGAGGUUGUUAUGCUUCCGUCGGAUUUCGGUGAAUCAUCAACAGACGAUUUUUAUCUGUUGAACAAUAAAUAUCUUAUGCCAGACGUUUGCACCGGAUUAUCUCUGAGUGUUUCUGAAUCGUUAGAUUCACACGUGUACGGCCUACAUUCUGUUCCCAGUUCGGAAACGUUAACACCCGGAACGCCACGACCUAGUCCAGCAACCAGCCCACUAGGCAGCCCACGACGCUCAUUACCACAACCUUUGACUCCAAAAAGCGGGGAGACAAGUCCCCGAAGGCCUUCAACACCUGUUAAAAUGCCGGAAAAAUAUUCAACAGACUUGUUUUCAUCGUCAACAACAUCUCCUCUGCGACUUGGCAAGCCAAAGAAAUCAUCUUCACCUGUGAGAAUUCCAUCUCCCAUAAUACGAUCUACCUCGCCUAAACAUUCAGCUAGGUCACCUAGUACUAGUCCCAAACUGAGACGGGCCCCCUCACCUAUCAGUUAUAGUUACUCAUCACCUAACAUAGUAGCACCACAAAUCAAAGUUAAACAUUUCAGUUCAGACUCUGAUACAUCUACAUCUAUAACUCCGAGAAGUAGCUUUGCCACACAUACAGAUGGUUCUCCUCCUCAAGCACGUGCAGGUGCCGUAGUGACAUCAUCUCGAGCAUCUAAACGAAGGGAGAUGUCACUAAGUCAAGUUAAAGAUUUACAUUGCCAUUUCACACGGCCUAGGUCGAGUUCAUCAGCAGCUACGGCCGCGUUUGCUGCUGCGACAGCUGGAUCAGGAGUUUACUCCCCUGAUCAGUCCUCGGCUAGAGUGCAGAGGUUUCUCAGUGCUGGCACUGGUGCUACAGACUCGAGAUUAUUAAAGAAGAGAGAGUCAGUAAUAAGUACAGCAGCAACUAUGAGAGUUCUUAACAUAAUUAAACACUGGGUCUCCAAACAUUCCCAGGAUUUUGACUGUGACAAUGAGCUGAAGGUAUCUGUGAUAGAUUUUCUGGAGGAGAUGGUAUGUAAUACAAAUCUGUUACCAGCUGAACACAAGGCUGCGGCUUCAAUACUGAGGACUCUUACCAAGGAAACAACAGAACCUAAAAUAGAUCUCACAAAACUUCUUGCUCACCCAGAGACAUCUUCAAAGGACACAUUUGAUAGUUUAUCAGCGUUAGACAUAUCUGAACAGUUGACAUUCCUUGAUCAUCAAAUAUUUACAUCUAUCAGGAGCGAAGAAUUACUUGGACAAGCGUGGAUGAAGCCUGACAAAUCUAACAAAGCUCCUCAUGUUCUUCUUGUCAGUAAGAGAUUUAAUGAGGUUAGUCGACUGGUUGUGACAGAGAUUGUAAGUAGAACCAAUCUACAGGAACGUGUAGCAUGUAUAGAGAAAUGGGCAGCAAUAGCAGAUAUAUGUCGAUGUAUGCACAACUAUAACGGGGUUCUUCAAAUCUGUGCUGCAUUUGUUAACAGCUCUGUAUAUCGAUUGAAGAAAACCUGGGAAAAAUUGUCAAAACAGACAAAACAGAUGAUAGAGAGGUUACAGACACUCGUAUCUUCUGAUGGCCGAUUUAAAAACAUGAGGGAUGCUUUACAUAGGUGUGACCCUCCAUGUAUUCCGUAUUUAGGAAUGUAUCUCACUGACCUGUCUUUCAUUGAGGAAGGAACACCUGAUAUGACAGAGGACAAUCUUGUUAACUUUUCUAAAAUGAGAAUGAUCGCUCACGUUAUCAGAGAAAUACGAUUAUUUCAACAAACUCCAUAUCGCAUAGAACAUCAUCCUCGAGUAACAAAUUAUUUACUAGACACUACACGACUGUACGACGAUGAGCAGACAUAUAAAGCCUCGUUAGACAUAGAACCAAAGAUGUCCCGUCUUUCAAUGGUACCUCAAACCGGAUCUUCAUGAUAUAUCCUUAUAUACGUGUACAUAUUCUGUGUACAUGAAGGUACAUUAUAUGGAAUGUUGGUCAAAUGUUAACAGAUAGCUGGGCAAUUCUUUGAUGAGCUACAAAAAGGAUGCUUUUGAUAAAUUUGAUAAAUAGAUCAAAUUGUUUUAUUUUGGCUUUGAUGUUUGAUACAGUGUGUUAAUAAGUGGGUAUCAUUCUGUGAUGUUUUAUUCUUCUUAAAUAAAAGAAAGCUGAAUAUGCUGUAUAAGAAUGAGGUAUUGUCAGUGCUAGUACAAGCUAGAGUUGUACCAAAUGAUUUCUUAGAACUGAAUAGUUAUUUUUUGUUAGAUAGAUUUUUAGUUAUAGACGAUUUUUUGACAAAUUAAAUUGUCCAGUACAAAGGGAGGUAAGUCAUAAAAAACCGAAGUCAUUAACAAACAGUUGUUUACACGGCCAAAACAUGUUUAAAGUAUUCAUACGAAGUUUGUAAAGUUCCUGUUAUAAAUUAGAAUUGGAGAUUAUAGAAUUCAUUAGUUAGCCACAGACAUGUUUAUAAGAUACAUAUAUAUCGAAAUUGUCCAAUAUAGAUCAAUAUUAAUCAAUGUUAAUCAAUAUAAAUCAAUAUUAAUCAACAUAAAUCAAUAUAACAUACUUGCAGUAUUAUAACUUAACUUUCUUAUAAUCCAAGAUACUUUUGGCCCCCAGAGAUAUAUAACCAUGAGGCCAUGUUAUAUGACCAUAAAACUAUUAUAUGACCUAAUGUAGCAAUGUUAUAUAACCAUGAGAGCUGUUAUAUGAUCACAGAAAUGCAUGUAGUUUACAUGGCCACAGAGCUUUGUUAUAUAAUCAUAAUGAUAUGCUAUUUGAAUACAUAGAUAUGUUAUAUGACCAUGAAUCACCUUUCCUAAUUGAUUAUGGAUAUCUAUGUUAUAUAACCAUAUAUCUGUGAUAUAUCCUUGGUGAUCUGUUAUAUAAAUCUCUGAUGUGACAUUUAGACUGUAUUCAAAGCAACACUUGCAGUCCUUUACUUUUGAUCUGGUGACUUGAUUGAAAACUAGGUAUUCAAUCCCAUUCUGUUGAAUAGUGGAUGCUUAGAAUAAGGUCAAGGUUUAUUAAAUUUUUUGGACAGUAUAUUAGGGAAUCCCUUUAAAAUAUCAGCUAUUUGAGUUGGAUUUUUUUCUUGCUAACAUUCUUUUACAUAUUAAAAGUUUAAGAGGUAUUUACUUUAUUAACAUGUAUACCUGCAAAAAUAUCAUCAAAUAAGUAUGUAUCAUCACCUUAGUGCAGUAACACGUUAAGUCCUUCUAAAUUUAAUAGGAGUUAACCAGUUAUUGCACUAAGGUGACAAUAUAUUAUUGGCAAUAACUUCAUAUACUCUUUGUUCUUUUUUUUUUUUCUUUUUUUUAUUAAAAACAUUUUGUAACAUUUUCUAAAAAAUUUACUAUAUUAUUGAAUAUCAUUAUCUUUUAAAGGGUUCAAGGGUUGUAAUUAAUACUUCAUUAAAAUUAUUAUUUUCUUGUAUUUAUUUGAUUAUAAUGGAGAUUUUACAUUUGUUUUUGUUUAUUUUUUUUUAAAGCAUUACCAUAUUCUUGAACAUUGACUUUUUGCUCUUUUAUUUAUUAGUAUUUACUUUUAGAGAAAUUCUCAAUGCUUUUGAGCAACUAUAAGUCCAUGUUAUAUAUCUUUACAUGAGCAUUAUUUUACUUUAUAUGAUAUUAUUAUUUAAACACUGAAAGUUUUGCUGGGAAUAAUAAAAUGUUCAGACCGAGCUUUUGGAAGAGAUUAUUACCUUUAGAUCUCUUCAUUUGGGUGAGAAAAGUUAAAGCCUCAUGCAUCUGGGUGAGCGAACGAAGUUUAACAAAAUCAAACUUGUUAGAGGAUAUAUUUCUUAUUUGCGAAGUAUUAAUUUACUUUAACACUAUACAUCUACCCCAUUACUUAGGAGUUAGGGGUUAUGUUAAGUUAUUCAGAAUUAUGUCAUGUAAUUUUUAUGCUCCCCAAAGGGAGAG